AUGACUUCUUACGGAUCUCUUUCAUAUUUCCUAAUAUCUCUUUUCUUGCUUUUCUCUGUAAUUUCAUCCGUUAAUUCUCGUCCUCAUAAAAAAGAUCCAUGUGCCCCAGUUAUAGCAACAGCGAAUCCAAAAUACAAUGAUGUAAAAAAUUGCUUGUCUAGUUUCCCGUAUGAUGCGGCUAUAGCAAAAAAGACAGUCGAUGUGUUGAAACAAUACAGCUCUAGUUUCUACUCGUUCUUUAAUCAAGCAAGAGAGCAAGCAAAACCUGGAUUUACAUUUGAACCAGUUGAUAUAAUCAAAGAAUUAGAUAAAAUUAUCGAGAGUAAUCCUAAAACAGAAUUCGAAUUCAUGAAAUCCUUAAGAAAUACUUAUAUAAAAUUACAUGAUGCACAUGUGCAACUUUUUUCUUCUUGCUAUACUCAAUUUUUAUAUGAUCAAAGGCUACAUUUAUAUUCCGUACUUGAUAAAAAAGGAAAUCAGAUCAUAAAGGUUUUUGACGACUUAGAUGAUCAUACGAAUAUUGAUUGCGAAGUGACUUCUAUUGAUUCUGUCCCCGCAUUUGAUGCAAUCAAAAACUUUGCCAAUAAUCAAAGUUUUAUCUCACGUGAUCUCGGCGUUCGUUUAAAUAAUGCAUUAACUUCUAUAUCUCUAGAAGAUGGUAAACCAUGGAUACUUGGAAGUGAAUUUACUGUUCGAGUAGAUUUGCCUGAAACUGAUAGUAUCACAUACACUUUAAAUUGCCCAAAUACGGUAACUAAAAAUGUUACGAGGGAAUGGUUCGUUACAUUUUUAGAAUUUGAAACCGGAAUAAAAUCUUUCUAUAAAGAUAUUUGUUUAAGUAGCGAAGGUGAUCGUGCCAAGCAUAAAGAAUCCCACACCAUAAAGAAAUUUGGAAUUUUGCCAUACAUUUCCAAUCCAAAAUUAAAAAAUGCAUUAUCUAAUAGAAUAUCCACACCUUCUGUUAAAUUAAGUAAAGCCACCCUGGUACAUGACGCUACUCACGUAAAAUUUUAUAAAUCUAUCGGUUCUGAUUUUGGUAUCGUAGUUUUCAUUGAUGAGGAAGCAGAUAAUAAUGGAACGUUAGCUGGAUUUAAAAAAUUGGCUGAGGAUUCUUCAAUUAAAAAGCUUGUUCUUGAUUUAUCAAAUAAUCCUGGUGGAUUUAUUGAUUUUGCUCAUCUUAUCAAUUCAAUCUUAUUACCUUCUAAUUCUUUUAAUCAUACAUUCUUUCCUUAUGACAUGAACGUUCAAUCGGAUAUAGCGAAAAAGUUUAUUACUUCAAGUUUUAAACCAAACCAUGAGAAUUUUUUCUCUGAUUUUAUUGACUUUGAAACUGGAAAACAUUUUAAGUCUUCCAAAGAAGUAAUAGGUUCCAAAAAAAUUAAAAGAGGCGGUAGUCUAUCUAGUUAUUCCACAAAAUUCACUCCUGUCGAUUUGCCUAAACAAAUUAAAUUACCUUGGGAUACCAAAAAUAUGAUUAUUCUUUCAAAUGGAGCUUCUGGCUCCGCCGCUUCUAUGAUUUCUCAAUAUCUUCAAGAAGUUGGCCAAGUACCCACCGUUUCUAUAGGAGGAUUUGCAAAUCAACCGUUAUCUUUUGCUUCAUUCCCCGGAGGAAUCGUUCUUGGCAGUGAUGACCUUUUUGAAUUCUUAACGGAAUUGGGCAUAUCUGAUUUGCCUCCUUUAGAUUCUCAUUAUAAAGGUUUUGUUUUGACCUUUCCUUUCGUUGAAGCAUAUAGUUUUAAACAUCCUGAUACAGUGCUAGAAUUCGAUUUUAGACCUGCAGAUCACAGAUUAUUUUAUAAUGAAAAAAAUAUUAGAGAUCCAAGUUUGUUAUGGGUUGAGGCUGUUAAUUUAAUUUAA